AUGGCGGCAGCACAGGCCCGGAGAAUUCUUGGGCUGGUCUUUGAGAUCGAACAUGCUGCCGGCACAGUCGCUACCCCGGCCGAGCUCGGAGCUCUGAGCAUGAGGAGGUUGUGGCCUUUUUCGAAGGGCCCAGCUGUUCAAGUGGUGUCCGGCCAACCCCGGGAGCAGGAUCACGGACGUGGCGGGAGGGGGAAGCUUCAGUACUGUGCGGGCUUCUUCGAUGGAUUGGGCCACGUCUUCGAGGAUGGACCUAGCUACCGGCUGGAGCUCACGCUGCCCUGGGAGCAGCACGAGGCACUACGGCUCUUCCAACAGCUGUUCGGCGGCAGCAUCCUGCCCAGCGAAGCUGUUGGGGCCCGGCGCUUGCUGGAGCUCAGAGGGCGCCCUUUGCGCGCGAAGGGGAACUUGAAGUGGCAGCUGCGGGGAGCGCCGGGCCGAAGCGCCGCCUUCGCCCUGGCGGCCCAGGCAGUUCUCAAGCAGCCGCAGCUGCUGCUGGCAGCCCAUUGGCCUCUCUUCACCUCGUCUCCCCGGGCUGCCUUGGAGGGCUGCAAGUGGAUGGGCCCUUUCUCCCGGGCCGAGAUCACCUGGGCCUACGUGGCAGGACUCUUCGACGCCGUGGGCCACAUCAGAGACUCGGGCUCCAACCGCCAAGUCUUCCUGGAGUUCAAGCAAAAGUCCUUUCGACUCUUAGAAAGCCUGCAAGGCUUUCUCAAAAAUCAGCUCUCGCUCUCGUCGGAGUUUGUCUCGGUAAGGCACUUCCACCGCCUGAGCCGUCUUUCUGUGGUCGAUUCCAGAAAUGCCCACACAACGCUGCGGCAGCUGCUGCGAGUUGGCUUGAUCUUGCGGAAGGAGGCGGCGCAGCUCGCCCUCUCUCCCUUCGUUCCUGAGAUUCCGAAGAUUCCCCUCGGGCUGAUUCUGGCCGCGCGGCGAAGCUUCGUGGAUGAAUGCGGGCCCGGACGUCGAAGACUCCUUCCCUUGAGCCAGAGCUUAGCGAAGCACGAGGAGGCCUUCGGCCGGCAAAGCGACGCGGCAGAUGCUCGCCAUGCCCUGCGACUACUCCGCCUGGCAAUCUAG